GAUCUAAUCAAUCUGACCAAGACAUUUACAUACCAAUGAAACUUGCCAAAACCGAAUAUUUUUAUCACGUGACAUAUAUUUCUGAAAUAUUGAUGAUACACAAGGUUAUGCAGCAAUGCGCCGUGGUUGAAACUUGGUACCUCCCCUUCCAGUCAAACGCCCUUGAGGCUCAGCGCAGCUCGGCCUAGCUCUUCUGCAAAUUGCGUGGGUGGUCGGAAAGGAGAUAAUGGCUGGGAGAAGAAGGCCAAAAACAGGCCAAGGAGAUCUUUCACAGUAUGGUCUGAUGAGCGUGGGUGCUGCGGACGCCGCCGGCCUGGCGCCAGACGCCGACCUGGACGUGUCGGACGCGGCGCUGGAGGCCGAGCUCUCCCAGCUGCUGGCCGGCACCGACAUGGAGGGCCAGCGGCCAGCACGCGCCAAGCGACCGACGCCGCAGCCGGACCUGGCCGCCAUGACGGCCGCCAGCCUGCGUGACGACGACGAGAUCUCGGACGUGGACGAGAACGACCCCGAACUGCUGGCGGAGUUAGCCGAGAUGACGGAGGAGGCGUCGCCGGCGCCCGCGCCCGCGCCGGCCCGGCGGGCGCCGCCACCGCCGGUGCCGGCCCAGGCGCCGGCCGCCCCCGCCCCGCCGGCCGCCGCCGGGGACAUGACCGUGGUGCUACUGGAGCGGCUCGAGAUGUACCGCGUGGCCGAGGCCAACGCCAAGGAGGCGGGCCAGAGCAGCCGCGCGCGCCGGUUCGGGCGUGGCUUGAAGACGCUGGAGAACAUGCUGCGGAAGGCGAAGGCCGGCCGGGCGAUCAACGAGGAGGACAUUCCGCCGCCGGUGUACACAGCGGCUGCACACAGCACCCCCGAGCCGGAGGACGGCCCGGCGGAGCAGGCGCCGGCCACGCCGCCGGAGCAGCCGUCUCCGCCCAAGGUGGCCCGCCGGGCCGAGGCUGCUGACGAGCCGGCCGAGACCCCGGAGCCGGCCGCCGCUGCCGCCGCCGCCGAGCCGCACCCGCGCCUGGCUGAGGUGCAGGAGAGGCUGGGCCAGUACAAGCACGCUGCCGUGCUGGCCAAAAAGGCCGGCGACAAGGGGACGGCCCUGCAGUACGUCCGCGUCGUCAAGGCGUUCGAGCAGGUGCUGGCGGCGAUGGAGGCGGGCGAGACGGUGGACCUGAGCGACAUGCCUCCGCCGCCGCCGAGCGCCGCCGCCGCGUCGGCGCCGCGGCCGCCGAUGCGGCGCGGCGGCUCGACGAGCGGCGGCAUCCCGCUGGACGAGCCGGUGGUGGUGCCGGAGGGCGGGCCGCCGCCGGCCGACCCGACUCUGUACGGCGCGCCGCCGCCCCCCGCCACCGCGCUGGAAGCCCUCGAGCAGCGGCUGCAGCGGUACAAGCAAGAGGAGGACGAGGCGAAGGAGGCGGGCAACGGCAGCAAGGCGCGCCGGUUCGGCCGUAUCUGCAAGCAGUACACGGACGCCAUCCGGCGGCACCAGGCCGGCAAACCGGUGGCCUUCGACGAGCUGCCGACGCCGCCCGGGUUCGCGCCGAUCCCGACCGAGGGCGCCUCGGCCGCCGCUCCGGCCGCCGCCGCCCAGCCGGACCCGGAGCCGCGUCCCUCCGGCUCCAAGCCGACCGUCACCCGGCAGAUGUCGGUCGGGCAGCACACGCGGCAGCAGAAGCAGAUGGCGCUGCUGCAGUCGCGACGGCGCCUCUUCAUGCAGGCGGCGCUGCAGGCCAAGAAGGCGGGCGACAUGGCCACGGCCAAGGAGUACCUGCGCUCGGCCAAGGGCUUCGAGCCACUGCUGGAGGCCACCGAGAGCGGUCUGCCCGUCAACAUGGACUCGUUGCCGAUCCCGCCCCAGCAUCGCGCCAAGGCCACCACCGACUUCGAGGUGCUGUCGAGGGAUGAGGUGAUGGAGGCCGGCCAGGAUGAAGACUUGACACAGCUCUUCCAGAAGCUGGAGGCCAGCCUGAUCCGUCAGGCCACGAUGUGCCAGACCAACCGAGACCACUACCAGGCGCUGGGCGAUGUGGCGCAGGCCAACAAGUUCGACCGCUUCUCGCAGAACAGCCUGAAGGACCUGGACGCGCUGCGGCACGCAUUCCGUCGGGGCGACUUCGUGCCCAAGUUCCACUACGAGAUGCGCGAGUUCCAGAUCGUCAAAGCCUGCACUGACCUGAAUAGCAACGACCUGGAGAUGACCAUAGUGCGCGGUAUCAACUACAACGUGCCCAACCCCAAGGACGUGGACACAUACGUCAAGUGGGAGUUCCCCUGGCCCCAGGAGGCGCCGACGUACGACAAGACGGGCAAGGUGAGAAACACCAACAACCCCGACUACGACGCCAAGUUCCUGAUCGCCAUCGACCGCAGCUCGCGCUCCAUGAUGCGCAUCUUCCGCCGCCAGAGUAUCAAGUGUGAGGUCUGGGAGCGCGGGCGGUGCUGCCGCUGUUCAUGGUGCUGUUUUACCUGCAGUCAUCUAUUCGGCUGGACGGACCAGCUGAUCGGAACCGCCCAGAUCAAGCUGGAGGACCUGCAGGACAAGUGCGUCGUCCACAAGGCCUACAAUAUUGUCGAGGGCCGUCGCACCGUCAAGGGCAAGCUGGAGGUGAAGCUGCGCAUGCGCAAGCCGGCCGUCUCGGACCAGAUAGAGCACAUCAAAGAGAAGUGGCUUGUGAUCGACAAGCUGUAGGCGGGCGGCGGCCACUCCCUCGCCACGGGAACAGGGACUGUCGCUGGUACUGGCCCCUCCCCCUGGUGGUUUUGCCAUGUGAGACGGCAGAGUACUCCGCCUCUAGUACUAGACCUCGUAGUACUCCGCCUCUAGGCACGCUUUAUCGUCGUAUGUCGUUAAGAGUGCAGUGCAUUGUGGGGCGGCUUACGGACGGUGACACGUGUGCUCCGUCGUGCCGCGCCGGCGCCACCCCCAGUGCUCACCGCCCAACCGCCACCGCUGCGUGUUCCCCUCGCACCGACCACACGUAGUGCGUCCCUACCAAGAACGGCACACACGGAAGCCCCAAGCUUUGCGGCCCCGCCAGCCCACCCGCCCGCGCCGCCCUCCGCGGCAGCCCGUCCGUCCUCUGCCGGCUCAGUGUAUGACGUCAUCACGCGGCCGCUGACGGCGCUCGAGGGCGUGUUGUUGCCGCGCCACCUGGCGCUGCUGACGCCCUGGCUGGUGCCGGGACGGCGCUGCGGCGAACGUUCCGCUGUGAGCCGGCACGCCUUGCUGCGCACGCUGUGAUGGGCGGUCGGCCGCCCCUCCCCUACCCCCACACCGCAGCCGGCCAAACCUCAAGGUCAUCGGGCGGCCCCGGGCGCGGCUGUGACGGCUGCCCGCGGGCCCCUUGUACUGCUUAUCCGUGCUUAUUCGGGUUUUGUGUAUCGCUUUUGGCGCUGUUUUUAUGGCUAUGGUUGAGGUCAAAUACACUAAUCACUGAACUGCCAA